AUGAAACAUGAUCGCCGGCAAAGGCAUUUAUUAUAGAUACAUCGUCCGCUUGUAAACCUACAGAAAUUAAUGAUGAAAAUUAUUUCUAUCGUAUUUUUAUGAAUGAAAUAAUAAAUUAUUUUUAAAGAAGUAAUUAAAAACGCCAAUGCAUUUUUAGACCUUGUCGACCAAACUGAAUGGAAAAAACAGGUGCACGGAUUAUAUCUAUUCUCCGUGUAUAUGUAAUAUGGGAUAGAUCAAACGAAGAUAACAGAGCGAAAAAGAAGAAAAAACAAACAAACAAAAAUAUUCCGUCGUGUUUUUGCAACGAAUUGUACAAAUAAAUGUCCCUAUUGUAAUCCUAUCAACAAAACUAUUAACUAUCCCGCAAUUACUUUUAUUGCAGCUUAUGGUACAUUAUUCAUUCAUAUGCGUUCGAGCAAGAAUGUUUAUGAACGAAAUAUGUGAAUGUCAAAUAUGUCAUAUAGAUAGUCAUUUAUAAUAAGUUUAUAUGACAUUUUUUAUUUUAUCAUGUUAUAUAGAUUAUUCAUAUUAAUUAAGUCGCUUCCUUAUUUAAUAUGUACGAAAAUAUCGACACAUAAUCUUAUUAUAUAAAUAUUGAUUGAAUCUAUGUGCUACCUUUAACGAAACUAAUUGGGAAUACUUUUGGUAUCUUGCAUACAAAUGAACAACAAGAAAACGUGCUUUAAAUUAAAAUUGUCAUACAUGAAUACAAUAAUAACCCCACCCCUUCAAGAUCCUUGAAGUGUUUCUAUCUAUAUAUACUAAUAGAACGCAAUCAAAAAAAAGGUUUAGUCGAUCUGGUGCCUUAUUUGAGAAUAGAGUGUUACUUCGUAUAAACCAAUAUUUUAUUUAUCCGUUCAUACAACGGACGUGAAGUCUUCAAAGCUUGAUUAGUCGAUUUUUAAAAUCGAUCUAUGAUACAAAGGAAAAUCAAAAAGAAACUCCAAAGGAAGAUAAAGGAAGAAUCCAUAAAUAAGAUAAACAUUUAUUUGUUUCUUCUUUUCUUUGAAUUUUAAUUUUUUGUUUCGAUUAAAUACAUUCUAAUAAAUUUUAACAUCGCCAAAUCAACGUGCACUCGUUCUUACGCACUCACUCCAGCGCUCGUGGAAGAACGCCAUGCCCUUAAGUAAUACACAGAUCUGGGAACUAACAACAUCUAACUCAUGGAUCUAUGUCGUUGCGUUGAUCUUCCUUUACGUUAUAUAUAUUCUGAGAAACUACAUUCGACUCGUUAAAAUCACACUUAGUCUCGAUGGACCACCGGCAUUGCCGCUGAUUGGUAAUAUCCAUUAUUACUUUAAACCAAAUGUUAUGAAUGAAAUGAAAAAAUAUUCAACGUAUAAUAUAAUCAGACUUUGGGUGACUUUUAUACCAUAUCUAGUGAUCAUUCAACCUGAAGACAUUCAAAUAAUACUCAGUAGCUCGAAACACACACGUAAACCUUUUAUUUAUUCUAUAUUUAGGAAUUUUCUUGGAAAUGGAUUAAUAAUAAACGACGGUGAAGCCUCUAAAAUGCAUCGGAAUAUCAUUCAAAAGGCUUUCAACGUUCAUGGACUCGAAAAGUUCGCUGAAAUCUUUGUCGAGCACGCCGAAUAUUUGACAUCAGUAUUACGCGAUAUUGUUAAUCAGGACAUGAAUAUUACUAAAUUAAUCAAUGACGUCGUCUAUAAUAUACAGGCAGAAACUGUCCUAGGCUUAAAAUUGAUUAAAGAGAACAAAAAGAAUAAUGAAACGUGCGAACUGCCCUUCAAAGUGAACGAAAUGUUCGCACCUUAUCGUUUUAAGAGACCGUGGCUAUUAUUCGAGUCAUUAUAUAAAUUGACUAAGAAGUCGCAAAUUGAUAAGCAACAAUUAAACAAUAAUAUUGCCUAUUGUUACGAUAUUAUUAAAAAGAUAGAAAAAUCUAAGCGUCUAAAUUCUUACGAUAUGACAAACGAUGAAACGCAAACGGAAAACGGAAGGAUGUCUCUGUUGGAGUUCAUGGUCAACAUGAAACAAAAGUAUUCGUAUUUCAAUGACGAAGCCAUCUUAAACGAAUGCAGUACAUUUAUGCUGGCUGGUUUAGAAUCCGUCAGCACGGCAACGGCAUGCAUGCUCUUUCUAUUGGCAAAUCAUUCCGAAUGCCAGAAAAAAUGUGUUGACGAGUUGGAUGAAAUUUACAACAAUAACGCUACUUUAACGUCGUUUAAGUCUUUGAAAGAGAUGAAAUAUUUGGAGAUGUGUAUAAAAGAGACGCUCAGACUUUAUCCCGUCGUACCGGUAAUAGCCAGAUGCCUCACUGAAGAUAUAAAAAUUGGUGGUCGAAUAAUACCGACUGGUACUUCCGUUUUGAUCUCACCUUAUCUUACGCAUCGAAUACCACGAUAUUAUUUAGAUCCGGAAUCCUUUAAACCAGAACGUUUUGAUCCACAAAACUCUAAAGAAAAAUUGCAUCCAUAUGCUUAUAUUCCUUUUAGCGCUGGUCCUAAGAAUUGUAUCGCAUACAAAUUUGCGAUAUUAGAAAUGAAAGUACUCGUUAGUUCAAUUCUUCGAAAUUUUGUAUUGGAACCCAUUGCGAACAAAAAUAAGAUAUAUGUCAAAUAUAGAAUGACUUUACGAGCGCAAGGUGGUCUGUGGAUCAAAUUCAGAUUACGAAAGACAAUGUAAUAUAAAAAAAUGAUUAUGAAGGAAAACAUACUGACAAUGUAUAAUUAAUAAAUAAUUAUUCAUUA